ACAGUCCAAACUAUUUCUAAAUUUCUUUUAACAAUUUCGAAAUGUAACUUUCUUGGUGCAGAGUCCACCAGUUGCUAGUCUCCAUGGUGGUGUUAUUGUUUUGCCUUCACAGCUUGUUUCCAUAGACAAACUAGUAACUCUAAAAGGCCAGGUUACAGGUCAGAUCUGUGGCAAAGCAAGUCCCCUAAUAGUAAGCUCUUUUUUUAAGGAUUUGUUUUAAUAAAAAUGUUUGCCCAAUUGACAGAAUUGAUUCCUCUUUUACAAUGAAACCUACCUAGACUGAGGAAUUACACAUAGCCACAUAUAAUUCCAUACUGUGAAACAAUCCAGGCAAAGCAAUAGCAUUUUGAAACAAUCAGGUGGCUCACCCUUAACCAGAGAAGUGGGUACCUUUUAGUUUCUUGUCACUAAUAUAUUCAGGUCAGUUUUUUUCUUUGGAUUUUUUUUUUAUUUUUACAAAAAAAUUGAUAGGGAAUCCAGACUCUUUCCCUCCACUUCAGAGUUGUAUCAUGACAUUGUAGCAUCUGAAACCAAACGAUUGCCACUUUACAUUUCUCCAAUCAGGUAUAAUUUGACCCAUAUUUACCCCUUGAUUAAAGCAGAGGUCCUGUGGCCAUGCAAAGAGACAAUACAAUCCUAUAAUAACAAAGGUCUGAAAGGAGAGUUGCUGACACGGAACAUCCCUUUAAACGGCCCCCUGUGCUCCAGUCCUGGCCUCGUGCUCCGUCGCCCCCUCAGCCUCCACAGACCUCCACAGACCCCCACACUGGGACUAUGCCCGAGAAGGGACAGGAAAGGCACACAGGAACCAAACAGCAUUUUAACAACAUCUGGAAAUAUCAGUCGAACCAAAGGCCGCACUGACAGGCAACAUCUGGACUGGACAGGUGAGAGUCUAAAUGUCAUGUAUUCAUAGGCUUCAGUCACGUGAUUUUUUUUUAUUUUAUUUUUUUUUUCUGUUGUGGACGCCAUUUGUAGGAAUUUUUAUAACUGAAAAGGUAGAAUAUUUUGUUUUAGAAUGUUGAAUGGGUUUUAGAAUAUGUUUAUGUCAUAUUCCCAAAUGGUGGGCAAUAGGGAAAUAUACUACUGAUUAAUUAACAAGGUAUUUUUAAACAUUUUCAUUUUAAACUAUUACAAUUUUACCUGUGCCCCAUAUCUAUUACCUGUAUAUCUAAUGCAUAUAGCAUUGGAUGUCAUUUGAAAUUUUGUAAUACAGUAUUUGAUUUACAACUGUCCAGCCAUGUUUUCGUACCAUUGUGCUGAGUUAAAUGGACCAAAGCCCAUUGUAUUUCACAAAGCCAGAGUUGGGUAAUGAGUCACAUUUACUCCAUUACUACAAGUAACCUUUUGAACAAAUUAUACUUCUUACAUUUACUUGUGCUUUACUAAUAUAGUUCUGAUGUAACAAUACUCUAUUGUCAAAUGUAGCCACAGUGAGUUAAUCUAUUGUCACUUUUGUAUUUCCUGCUUCACCUUUGCCUGAAUCCUGUCCAUGGGUUUCUGGGAAGAAGAGCUUCCAACUUUGCCAUAACAAUAUAUUCUGAGUAAUUCUGAGAUUCUGAAAAGUCCUCAAAAUGUUGCCAAAAAACAGGAAGCAGAAACCCUCAAGAUAUAACAUACACAGUCUGGAGCAAUGUAUUUAAAUGAUUUUACUAAGUGGUUUUAUUCAGAUGUGCAUCUCUGUUUAGAUAAAGCACUGAGGUCAAACUCUUCCUCAUCUACAUCUACAGAGGUUUGCCCUCCAACCAAAAGCUUAGCAGUUCAGAGCAGAGAAGCCCAGCAGAGAGGUGUAUGAUGAUUGAGAGCGACAGAGAGCUUUCAGCCAUGGUGCAGGAGCUAUGGGACAAUGACACCAACCGACUGCGGCCCGGGAAGGACUAUCGCAUCUCACUACAGGGAAAGGUGGGAGACACGAUGGGCAGCGAUGACAAAAAUGAUGCAGCUGGAUUUCCUCUUUUCACGUAUGUGGACGAAAGCAUUUUCAAAAAGGAGACAUUUUUAGCUUUUAUCUCCCUGCUGGACAACUAUGAGAGUGACACUGGAGAGCCGGAAAUCGUGACUCCAGAAGAAGAGGCUGAGAACCACAAGUUUCUCGACUCAAUAAUGCAAACCCCCACAAUGAAGAUUGCUCAUAAGUACCUGGUGGAGAAGAACCUGUCCCCUGAGGACCAGGAGGAGUUCAAGGAGCAGCUGUACAGGAUCUGGUUUGAGCUGUACGCACGGAGAGGCUCCAGCAGGCCCGACUCUUCAGGUUUUGAGCACGUUUUUGUGGGUGAGACGAGAGGAGCUCGCACGGUCAUUGGUUUCCACAACUGGAUCCAGCUCUAUCUGCAGGAGAAGCUGGGACACAUCGACUAUAAAGGCUACAGCGUCAACGCCAACUCACCCCUGCCUGAUGAGAAUAAGCACAUCCUGGCCCUGCAGUUCAGCUGGAAGAAUGGCAUCAAACCCAAAGGCAGCAUUUUCAUCGGCGUCAGUCCCGAGUUUGAGUUUGCGCUCUACACUCUCUGUUUCCUCUCAUCUCCAAACGAACGCGUCAAAGUCCAGUUCAGCCUGUACGACGUGGAGAUCGUGUGCCACCACUACAACCAGAAACACAUCGGCACCACUUAUCCAGUCCUGCUCAAAUACCAGAGCACAAAGUAGCACGAGCGUAGAAAUACUAUGUUCAGAUGAGAUACUGGAUUCAAAACGCAAAAGUGUCACAGGUGUUGUUGAUGUCUAUUUAUUUUAGAGAUACAAUAAAGCCUUUCAAGAGAA